UGGCGGUUUGUGACAAGGAGAGUCUACUCACUUGUGGAUUAUUUGUCAUUACUAAUAAAGGAGAGAUUCAAAUGAUUUAAGUAGUGCACACACUCAUUGUAAUUAGCAUCACUUGGGAUAAUUUAGCUCGAUUUUUGGUUUUCAUAUUGACCCAUCCGACCUUCACCUUGAGCUGAAUUUGACCUUGAGCAGCACGACCUUGACCCUAAUCAUGGUGGACAAUCAAAAACCCACCCACCAUCACAUCUAAGGAUUAUUUUUCACAUCGGAUUACACACGGACAUUGGAUUAACUUCUGUCUUAAACUAGGGUGGUGAUUCUGAACUCUCUGUCAUCAUGGAUCACAACGAGUUAAUGGCAGAGCUCCCCCUAAUGGAGAAAAUGUCAACUCAAGAACGUCUCAAACUUGCUAAAAAGCGACGGAGCCAGCAGCUGAAACGCUGGGGACAAUACGAGAAGGCCCUGGAGAAGGAAACCGUUAAAAAGCGCAAAUCCUCCCAGUCAAAUAAUUUUGUUAAAAAACCAAAGAAGACUGGAAAUAAGGGACACAUCCAGUUUAUUGCUAAUAUUAUGUUACUGGAGGCAGCUUCAAGAAAUGAUAUUGAGGAAGUGCAACACCUUCUCAACGCAAACGUGAGCCCGGAUGUAACAAAUGAAGAUGGAUUAACUGCAUUACAUCAGUGCUGUAUAGACGACAAUGAGAAUAUGAUGCAGCUUCUUAUAGAAUUCGGUGCGAAUGUGAAUGCGCAGGAUAGCGAGUUAUGGACGCCUCUCCACGCGGCUGCAACUUGUGGACAUGUUCAUCUCUGCAAAUAUCUUAUAGAGAAGGGUGCUGAUUUGCUGGCGGUGAAUGCAGACGGUAACAUGCCAUACGAUAUCUGCGAAGAUGAGCUCACGUUGGAUUUCAUUGAAUCAGAGAUGGCGAAAAAGGGUAUAACUCAGGAACUGAUAGACGACACGAGAAUAUCAGUGGAGAAGAACAUGUUGCAAGAUGUGCAAAAGUUACAUAAGGAAGGACGAGAUCUCAUAUUUGUGGACAGAAAUGGUGCUACUCCACUUCAUAUAGCGGCAGCAAACGGCUAUGUGGAAGUGACCAAGUUCCUUCUCCAACAUAAUGUUCCAAUUGAUGCUCGGGAUAAUGACAGUUGGCAGCCAAUACAUGCGGCAGCAUGUUGGGGACAGCCACUCAUAUUAGAACUACUUGUACAGCAUGGUGCUGAUGUGGAUGCAAAGACGAAAAAUGGUGAAACAUGUCUAGAUAUCUGUGAAGACUUGGAGCUCCGGCAGAGAAUCCUUGAUAUCAAGGACGAGAUCGCCAAUCACAGAAUCCAUGCAAAGACGUCGCUGACAAGGACAAGGAGUCAGAACACGAGAAGAUUCAUGAGCGUAGACACCCCUAGCCAUACCAGGGCUAAGAUACCAGAGUCUUGGAAAAAUCAGAGUCACCAGUAUAGUAGCACUGGGUCCCUGUAUAGUUCCAAUCUCUCAAUCGACAAAAGCGUACACAGAGAUAAAACUGCCAUUCCCCCUGCCUCAAUCCGCCGUAGCAGUAUGCGAGAGAAGUCGAUGAUAUCGUGGAAGGAAGCCAGAGAGGAGGCCAAGCUACGAGAGUCCAUAACUGAUGAGGAGGAUGUUAGGGUAGCUGCACCUAAAGGGGAGAGGAAGCCCCCACCAGCUGUCAAUGGGGUGAAAGAUUCCGAAGCUGAGAAGGGCGAUGUCCCGGUCAAGACGCGUAAGAAGGAAAACAAGGAGAACAUUCCCGCUACCAACAUUGACGACAUCAAGGUCAGCGUGCACGUGGAGGAGGCAAAGUCUGAUAAGCCUGAUCAUCGGACGGUCAAACCGGUCCCAGAAACUGUGCCAGAAGAAACGACACCACCUAGUGAGAAAAAACCUGACACUUCAUUGUCACUAGACGUGGCAGAUUCCGGUCCGAUACGGAAAUACUCAUCAGAGGAGCGGUUAGCCCGUGGGUCACAAUCACACGGACAACGGAGUUCUCCGCGAUCGGAUGAAGAAUCAGUGCAGAUGUUUCAAAUGGGAGAACGCCGGGGCUCGAUGGACUUAAAAACUGGUGGGACCCCGGCGGCUGGGACGCUCUCAGAUUUAAAACGAGCUCGAUCCUUGGAGCACCAGAAUGCAAAAAUGAAAAGGUCGAGGGAGAAUAUUACGGACAGUUCGCGUUCGAGUAACGUGAGUGUAGAUCGCGUCUCGAAUGGUUCGAACGGAACAACGCCAUUGUUAGAGAACAACAACAAAACCGGGCACAUGCAACCAAAUUCUGUCAGCCCCACCCCGCAUCACAUUCCCCCCUCUCCCGCCUAUGGUGAUCCACCGCUGCGCAAGUUCAAAGCGCAGAAUACAGAGAUUGUAGGCGGAGAUGAAUCAAAGCAACGGUGCUGUACUAUAAUGUAAAGAAGAACCUGUCACCCCUGAUGUGUCCGAUGGACCAGUCUUGUUUCAGAGUAUGCAAUGGUAUGGAAUGGUCUAUUCAGACACAUCAGGGAUGAUCGUUCAAGUGAAAUGUAUUGUAUGACUUUCUUCAGGGGUUACGUCAGUCAGAAGUGUGUAUAUCAAGGGUCACGUUGGGGUAAAUCUUUUCAAAUUUAGUGCUGGGCCUGGAGAUGGUGAAAGGGAGUCAUAUUUGAGUUUUCAAUUCUCAAAAAGGUGGAUUGUUAUCAAAUCUUGGAACAAGCACUGACCCCCACUUGCCUCACUUAGAUUUGCUGACGGCGGGCCAGGCCCACACACUUGUCAGGAAAGUACUAUACUUACAAUCAAGUCUGUGAAAACAAUUUGUUUUGUAAAUUGUAAUCGGUUAUGCAAUAUACAUGUAUAUACGGAACUGUAGACAAAAAUGUGAAAAACCUAUUCCUAACCGCUGUACAUUCUUCAUAUAAAAUGUUAUUUUCUAUAUACGUUCCAAAUUCUUGGGAAACCCUCUUCACGAAGUAAGCUUGAAUCUUACUCUAAUAUUGUAGUAGCUGUUGAAAGAAUUUAUAAUUCUGUAUAUCUUUGAAAAGCUAUUCAUUGUGUAUGUAAAAUAACUCUAAUUUUCUAAUAAUGGUAUAAUAAUCUCAUGUGUCUAUGUUCAAAAACAAGAUGUGUGCAUGAUAUGCAUAUGUACAAAGUGUAUUGUGUUAUACGGUAUACAGUGGUAUAGCUAAAUGUGUACAUAUGAAAUCGUGAGAAUUUAUAGGUUCGUAUUUUAGGAAAUGGAUCGAGAUUUGUAGUCAUUUGAGUAUGCAGUAUUGGGGUGAGUUGUCGACUUCGGGGUCUGGACAGGGGUUGAAUGUUCGGUUAUUCUGAAAGGAGACUUGGCACAAUUGAACAGAUACAUGAGAAGAAGCGUCCCUGAAGGUUUCUUCAGAAUUCAUCCAGAAACAAGCGGUACUAUCUGGAAAAUGUCAAAAUCCAUCCGCUAUGUCGAUGCAGACGAAUACAUACAAAAACAUUUUUUAAGCAUGUUUACGGAGGUGUAAAAAUCCACCUGGGUCCAAAGAGAAAAAACAAAUUUUAAAGUCGCAGUAGUUUUUGAACGGAGACCAAAAAGGACCUGGACAUUAACCAUACUCAAGCUGACUACAAGUAUGUUAUUGAUAUCAAACGGUGUUUAUUUCUCAAACAUUGCUGUGAUGUAGAUGACGUGUGUCGUUCAACAACUGUACAUACAUGUAGUAUAAUAUGUAUAUUAUGUAAUAUGUAAUAUGUAUGAGGUUUUAUGUACUGUUGACGUUCAAGAUACACGUAUAGAAAUUGUACGCAGUUACCACAUAUGCAAUCAUGAAAAAUGUUCAUACUCUGAAAUUGAGUUAGAUGGGUGAAAAUGUAUAAAUAGAGUGGGCACACACCGGCACCCAAGUAUUUCAUAAAAGAGGGCGAGCAGGGGGCUGUCUGUUGAUAGGAUUUAUUGCAUGUUGUGUUUUCGAAUCAGAAGGAGGGUAUUCCACUCAUCAUAGUAGAGACCUGGGUAGCCUUCCUUAUGCCCCUUGUGUUUCAAGUUGGCCAUGGUUCACGUAGAUUGCUGCAGUCGAACUGAGCAUUACAUCGGUUUAUAAACCCUGGGAGAAGUCGGCGUCGACCUGGUUGAAUAGAAUAUAUUUUGCAAGCUCAACAUUUAGACUUCUAUUUUUGUAUUCCAGUAUUUCAUGCAUAAUGAUCGUUUAUGUUAACUCAGUUAUUCUUCAUUAUGUCUGUGUCAGACUAUGCUAUUGCUAAUACCUUUUCUGAGAUAACGCUUAGUUUAGCUACAUGUACACUGACAUUGGUCUCUGACACCGAUUGAGCAACUGGGCCCAGAAGGACAAGAUUUGUGCAAAUAUUUGCUCGUGAAUGGUCAUUUGGGUUGUCAUAUAAUCAGAAAUGAAUGAUCUUGUUGUGUUAGUUUGUGCUGUUUUCAGAUUUGUUGAUUGUAAAAGAAUGUAGUUUAGAUUGGAAAUUGCGGAAAAUCCUUGUUUCAUAUCCUGUGUACUGGAUGUGCUGGGUUCACUGUAAGUGGUGACAUCUGUCAAUUUCAAAAGCUAACAUCUCAUCUCAAACUGUUUGAAGAGAAAUUGUGAUAUAGCGUAGCUCCUUUCAGUUGGGGGGGAGGGUAAAUAUGGCUGACAAUCGUUCCUCAAAGUAGUUGUAAGCUAUGUUAGAUUUUACUGAGGAACCCAUCAUAUUGGUGGCCAUUUGUUUAUUGUGUUGCUUGAUAGAAGAUCUGAGCUGUUUUCCUAUAAGUAAUACACAAAUAUCGGUCAGGACUUUUUCUUUAGUUUGCUCAUGUCAAAGUGCUGUCAUCUCUGACCAACAAUUUGGUCAUCAGUAUGAUUGGGAUCUGCAGUCACAGGGUGUCACAGAAUAUGGCUGACAAUCGUUCCCCAAAGCAGUUGUAAGCUAUGUUAGAUUUUACUGAGAAACCCAUCAUAUUGGUGGCCAUUUGUUUAAAUAUGGCUGACAAUCGUUCCUCAAAGUAGUUGUAAGCUAUGUUAGAUUUUACUGAGAAACCCAUCAUAUUGGUGGCCAUUUGUUUAUUGUGUUGCUUGAUAGAAGAUCUGAGCUGUUUUCCUAUAAGUAAUACACAAAUAUCAAUCAGGACUUUUUCUUUAGUUUGCUCAUGUCAAAGUGCUGUCAUCUCUGACCAACAAUUUGGUCAUCAGUAUGAUUGGGAUCUGCAGUCACAGGGUGUCACAGAAUCUCUAUCAGGGAUCAUGUCAGAAGUUUAAAAAGCAAGGGUGAAAUCAGUGAAAUUGAACAAAUUCGAUAUAUCUUUGUACAUGUAAGGCCAACAUAUUUUUGUAGUCUGACAUACUGUUGGGCAACAAUUUUCUGUGACAUCCUGUAGUGUAAUUUGAAGUGUAAUAUUUGUAUCCAUCGAUAGAUACUAAGGCCAAGCCUUUAUUAUAUUCUGAAUCAAUUCCAAUGUGUAGACUUAAUAAAGCAUUUUUAUGUUAUUAUGUAACCAAUCACUCUUUCAUACCAGUGGUCUUGUUAAUAUCAUGCCAUGAAUAAACAAUUUGUGAAAUACGAUAA